ACUCAUAUCCCAGCACACAUACGCGCACUCGCAUCCCAGCACACACACGCACGGACGGACGGGCGGACAGACGGACGGACGGACACACAGCCGCCCGUAACAAGCACACACGCACUGGCAGCCCGCACCCUGGCUCCCGCUCCGCCGCUCCGCGCCCGGGGGGAAGAUGAGCUCGGGGGACGUGGUUUGCACUGGCUGGCUCAUCAAAUCACCCCCCGAGAAGAAACUCAAGAGAUACGCCUGGCGGAAGCGCUGGUUCGUGCUGCGCAGGGGCCGCAUGAGCGGGAACCCCGACGUGCUGGAGUACUACAGGAACAGCCACUCCAGGAAGCCCAUCCGCACCAUCGACCUCAACGAGUGCCAGGUGCUCAAGCACUCGGGGCCCAACUUCAUCAGGAAGGAGUUCCAGAACAACUUUGUCUUCAUUGUGAGGACCACCUACCGCACCUUCUACCUGGUAGCCAAGACUGAGGAGGAGAUGCAGAUCUGGGUGCGCAACAUCAGCCAGAUCUGUAACUUUGGACAUCUGGAAGAUGGCACAGGUUCUGUGGAGAGCCUGUCUCACACGACCUCGUCCCCACAGCCCUCGCCGGCCGCCUCCACGCACGCAUCCCGCAUCGCCGACCCCUCCUUCUCAGUGGAGCCCGCUGCUGCUGCCGACGCUGCCGCCGAGGAGACCCCCAGCGAGUCGGGCUCAGUCUUCCUCCCUGACUACCUCUUCCUGUCCAACUGCGAGUCGGGCAAGCUCAGCCACAACAGGUGUGACAGCUGGUCAAAUUCAGACAGAUCUCUGGAGCAAACAUCAUCAGACGAUGUUUUUGUUGACUCCUUGCAAUCCCAGCCCUCCCUGUACCUUGUACAGCCAACCGGCGCCGGCACCGUGCAGCAGGUCGGAGCCACAGUGGCAAAUCCCAGCGUGGUGUGCAGGAGCACAGACAUUAGUGGGCCAUGCAGUGACUUUUCCUCCUCUUCCCCGCUGCUGGGGACGCCGCUGAGCCCUGAGUUUCAGGCUGACAAGAGCCAGAAGGCGCUGCCCUUCGGGGUGACGCAGCUGGACGUGCUGUCCAACACGCCGCCGCCGCGGCCGCCCAAGCCCACGCACUUCUCCGACAGGAGGGGAGAGGAGCUGGGGGCCCUGCAGAACGGCCACGCGGGCAUCUGCCGGGCCCAGGUGGCUCUGGUGCCCAGAAGGAUCUCCUUGUCCAGCUUGGACAACAUGAGGAACUGGAAAGCAGACAUGGAAGGCAGUUCCCUAAGAAGUCGAGAUAAGAGGCUUAGCUUGAAUUUGCCGUGCCGUUUCUCCCCGCUGUGCUCGGCUGACAGCUCUGAGGACAGCUACGUGCCCAUGCGCCCCAGCACCUCGCCCUCCGCGCCCGCCUCCGACUGCUCCCCCGACGGCUACAUCCCCAUGAGCCCCGGCUCCGCCACCUUCACCUUCCCCGUGGUCAGCACUGAAAAAAUCACCAGCCCCUUGCCCGAGCUCCCCUCCGACGUGGAGCCCCCUCCGGUGAACCGAGACCUCAAGCCUCGGAGGAAGUCACGACCACCUCCUCUGGACUUGAGGAAUCUCUCCACGAUCCGGGAGCACGCUGCUGUGACCAGGAUGUGGACUGUGCCUUACAAUCGAAUGAGCUUUAUCUCACCAGAAAGAGACAGUAUUAAUUCAGCAAGAAUAUUUGCCAAUUCAGUUUCCGGAGAAGAGGAAGAAAGUUACAUUCAUAUGGAACACAGACAGGCCACCUCUCCAUACAGUGGUGCUUUUCCAUGGACAAGGAAAUCUAACCUUGAUUACUUAGCACUGGAUUUUAACUCUGCUUCCCCAUCCCCUGUGCAGAAGAAACCUUUCCUGUCUGAGGAGCAGAGGGUGGACUAUGUCCAGGUAGAUGAACAGAAGACUCAAGCUUUACAGAACACUAAGCAGGAAUGGACAGAUGAACGACAAUCGAAAGUAUAAAGGAAGAAGAUUUCUGGAAGGGAUCUGGAGGGGGUUUUUUUUGCACUGGAACCACAAUGUUAAUGAAGCAGCUAUCACAGGAGAGCUCAAAGGCAGAGAGUUGUAGGAUGCUUACAGUCUGUAGAGGCAUUUUUACUGGAAACCUUUGAUUUCAGCUGGAAGAAGGAUGUUGAGUGAGUGAGUGGUUCACUGGUGACUGAAGCAAUGCAUUAGCCUUUUACUGCCCUUACCAGUGUGCUCCAUGGUACCAUUUCUGGCAUGAUUCUGCAACGAGUCAUACACUUAACGUUAACAAAUCCACUACAAGUUGUAUUAAUCUAGCUCCUCCUGCCUUCUCCUUCUCUGCAUAAUUCCUAGUUGCUAAAGCUAUUUUUUGAUAUUCCUACAAAUGCUGCAGAUGCUCAGAGUGCUUUUGUGGCAACAGGCAUCUGACAGGUUUUGGUGACUAAUCAACUAAGGGCUAAAAUACUGAAACAAUAAUAAGAACUUUUUGACUAUAUAGUGCUUAAGCAAAGAGAAUUUCGAAAAAUAUUUUCCCCUGGGUUUAAAAGGUCUGGCUGUGAGCUGAAGCUGUCAGAACUCAAAACAGAACUACGUGUCCAUGCCACUGGAAUGCAUGGUCUUUGACCCUCUGGAUGGUGGUCACUGUACUCAGCUUCUUCCCUCCAUUGUGGCUCAUACCUGUCACUUUUCUGUCUGAUUCUUACUGAUGUUUCCUCCCCUGUCUUGGGAAGUGUCUUCAGCACAGCACAGCUGCUCUUCUUGUAGGAGGCUGCAGCCACACAGCUCUUGGCUGGCCAAAAAAUAGAAAGGGAAGCUGUGAGCCUGUUUCUGCAAGCCUUGAGAGAACUGGCAAAGGAUCAAGACUGCUUUCAUCUGAACAGCAGAAGGAAUGCCAUUGGAAUGCUGGUAGCAGGCGUCAAUCUGAUUGUUUCACUAGACCCACCCCAAAAUAAAAAAGAGCAUUAGGAAGUGCAGCGUGCUCUGGGAGGCCAGGAGCCUGCCAAAACAGGACAACAAUGUGCUCACACAGCAUGAGGACCUCUGGGUUCAGGAAGCUUAUCUACCUUGGGACUUGUUACAGGCACUAUCUCAGGAUGACAUGUGUGUAUAGUUUAUAAGAUAUUUAACUUUAAAUGCUUGGCUGUGGUCUUUAUUUUACAGUGGCACACAGCCACCUGACUCAUGGAAGUGGGCAGUGGUGCUGAGUGACACACACUGGGUUUGGUCUCACAGGCUUUGCUCCUGUAGGUGAGUCCCAGUAGCCAUAAGAGGUCUGAUCCUGUCAUCAGGGACAGACAGACAGGACCCUUACAAAAGAUUUCUUCUCUGACAGUGCCAAUUCCCUGGCCUUCCUUCAUGUGCCUGUUGUUACCACCUUGCAUUGCUGUAACCUGACAUCCUAAAAAUUCUAAUCUACAAACAGAGGUCAUAGAAAUGCCAUUGCAGAAACCACUGGCAUGUCAAGGCUUCUCCUCAGCUUGUUCCUUACCCCCUGUGUGCUCCCAUCACUCAGGCACUCUGGGAGGCCAUCGCUCAUCCCGUGGCAGAGGCAGCAUGGCUAACAGAAACACAGUUUUCCUCCUACCUCAAGAGAGCUGAAGGGCUUGCAG